CCGCUGCCCAGCCGCGGGUGCGUCCGCGAGCGUCGCGAUGCAGCGGCCUGGAGAGCCCGGCACUGUGCGUUUUGGCCCGCCUGAGGGCUGUGGCGACCACCGGCCGCACCGCUACCGCAGCUUCAUGAUCGAGGAGAUCCUCACGGAGCCGCCCGGGCCCAAGGGCGCCGCGCCUGCGGCCGCCGCCGCCGCGAGCGAACUGCUUAAGUUCGGCGUGCAGGCGCUGCUGGCGGCGCGGCCCUUCCACAGCCACCUGGCAGUGCUGAAGGCCGAGCAAGCAGCAGUAUUCAAGUUCCCACUGGCGCCACUUGGUUGUUCUGGGCUGGGCUCGGCGCUGUUGGCUACAGGGCCUGGGCUGCCCGGAGCUGCGGGUGCCGCGCACCUGCCUCUGGAGCUGCAGCUACGAGGGAAGUUGGAGGCUGCGGGGUCUGGGGAGCCGGGCACAAAGGCCAAGAAGGGACGCCGGAGCCGCACGGUGUUCACGGAGUUGCAGCUGAUGGGCCUGGAGAAACGCUUCGAGAAGCAAAAGUAUCUCUCCACGCCAGACAGAAUAGAUCUCGCUGAGUCCCUUGGCCUGAGCCAGUUGCAGGUGAAGACUUGGUAUCAGAAUAGGAGGAUGAAGUGGAAGAAAAUAGUGCUGCAGGGCGGCGGCCUGGAAUCCCCAACCAAGCCCAAGGGGCGGCCCAAGAAGAACUCCAUCCCCUCGAGCGAGCAGCUUACGGAGCAAGAGCGCACCAAGGAGGCGGAGAAGCCGGCUGAGGCGCCGGCCGAGCCCAGCGACCCGAGCCGCGAGGACUGA